AUGAUCGAAUAUAGUCAACAACUAUUUCAUAUUCAAAUUCUUGAAGCUGCACAAAGAUUUGGAAAUGAUAUUGCUUUGACUGAUGAACAAAUUGGAAAAAACCUAACAUUUAUUGAAUUACAUGAAUUAUCCUAUAAAUUUGCUAGUGGUUUGCUAUCGCUUGGUGCAAUGAAAGGUGAUGUGCUUUGCGUCGCUCUUGAAAAUUGUCCAGAAUAUGCAAUUAUAUUUCUUGGAUCCGCUCUAAUCGGUUGCACUAUUUCUGGAAUUAAUCCAGAAUCAACCAUUUACGAACUUGAAAAUUACAUCGAUAUAAUCAACGAUGUGAAAUUUCUUAUAUCAUCGGCUGAUAACUACGAAACAGUGAAAAAUUUUAUUGGUCGCCUAGCACUAAUUAUCAUUGAUAAAAAUCCAUGUCAAGAGGGAUUUGAUUUUAUGGGUUUGAUUUAUAAAUCCGAGCCGAAUUAUUCAUUGAAUGAAUUAUAUCCGAUUUCGUUAGACGAUACUCUCAUAACUCCAUUUAGUAGUGGUACAACAGGUGCACCUAAAUGUGUCGAGCUUAGUCACAGAAAUUUUAAUGCAUCGACGGCGAUUCUUAAAAAGGCAUUUUUCGAUGAACUGUCAAGAAGUAACCGGCGUGCGACUAUCGCUAUAUUACCAUUUCAUCAUGGUUCAGGAUUUUGGGCUUUGUGCUUUUGUCUACUCGAAGGUCACCGAACAAUUAUAAUUAGAAGAUUUCGUCCUUCCAUAAUGAUGCAUUGCAUCGAUGAAUAUAAGGUUGAUACACUGAAUGUCGUACCUUCAAUUAUUUCCUAUCUUUGUAAAAGUAUUGAAAAUCGCAACAAGUGGAAUAUAUCUUCAUUGACCACCGUACUUUGUGGUAGUGCACCUUUAGGAAAACAACUCAGUAAACUUUUUCUUCAGCUCUUUCCUGGCGUAAAAAAUCUUAUACAAGGCUAUGGUAUGACUGAAUUAGUGGUUCUAAGCCAUAUUACUCCGAUUGAUACGCCAAUGCGCGAAGAAAAAUAUUUUGGUAGUUGUGGAAAAUUAAUGCAUGGAUUUCAAGCAAAACUAAUACAUAGUGAAUCGAGAAAAGAAAUUAAUGUACCUAAUGAAAUAGGCGAAUUACUUUUAAAAUCCGAAGCCAUAAUGAAAGGUUAUUUAAAUAAUAGAGCGGCAACUGAUAAUGCAAUUGAUACGGAAGGCUGGCUUCACACAGGUGAUGUUGCGUAUUAUAAUGAGGAAGGCUAUUAUUUUAUCGUUGACAGGUUAAAAGAUUUAAUCAAAGUAAAUGGCCUACAAGUAUGCCCCAGUGAAUUGGAGGAUUUAUUGAAAAGUCAUCCAAACAUAGCUGAUGCCGCAGUCAUUGGAAUACCUGAUGAAGAUCACGGACAAGUAGGAUUGCACCAUUUAAAUAUUUUGUUUGCAGAAAGGGUUGCACCAUUCAAAUAUCUCAAAGGAGGCAUUCAAAUCAUCGAAUCAUUGCCGAAAACAUCGAAUGGAAAAAUUAAGCGACAAGAAUUAAUUGACCUAGGAUAA